CUCUCUACGCCUCGUUCGCCCUUCUCGUCCUGCAUAUACUCGCCCCAGGUCGCCCCGCGGUAUAAUCACAAUCACAAGCUUAGUCACAACCAUACUUACAAGUCAAACAAGUUCACAUCUGCUGACCGCCAGAGCGAAAUUGAAGACUCAUAAAUCGAAUCACCCCACAUCCCUUAUUCAUACCUUUUUCUGGAUAUCAAAGCCUGAGAUGGGUAAAAAACAUCACGCGCCGGACGACGACGAAUCCCCCACGUCACGCAAACGAGCACGAGUAGACAAACCGCGCGAGGAUGCAUUCGACGGAGGUAUCCUUGACGGAGAAUCAGAGUUCGAAUACGAGUGCGAUAAGGCAGAAGAGGAGGCGCUUCGUCAAGGUGCCAAAGAGAUGGCCAUGCGCGCUCCGAGGACUGGUGCCAUUAGAAAAGCAGGUGCUAUCGAACAGCUCGAAGUUUUCAAUUUCAUGUGUCACGACUAUCUAUCCAUGGAUUUCAGUCCACAGGCCAACUUCAUCAUUGGUAAUAAUGGUAGCGGCAAGAGUGCGAUCUUGACUGGGAUUAUGCUUGCGCUAGGUGGAAAAGCCUCGACCACGAGUCGUGCUACGUCCUUGAAGGGUUUCAUUCAACACCAUAAAAGUCGCGCAGAAAUAAAACUUCAAAUGAGUAACUGUGGUGAGGAAGCUUACCGCCCCGAUGUCUACGGCGAGGCAAUCAUCAUCGAGAGGGCGAUCACAAAAGACGGUGGCGGUGGAUACAAAAUCAAGAGCGGACGCGACAACAAAGUGAUUAGUACCCAUCGGUCUGAGCUGCAAGAUAUCUUGGACCAUUUCAUGAUCCAGGCCGAUAACCCCCUCAACGUGCUGAGCCAAAAUGCGGCCAAAGACUUUCUGACUAAGAGUACCAGUAAAGACAAAUAUGGACUGUUUAUGCGUGGUACCCAACUUCAACAACUUACUGAAGAGUAUGGAGAGAUCGAGAACAAUAUCACCACCGCCAAAGUGAUUUUGACCAAUAAGAAGCAGGCGAUGAGCUUGAUACACGACAAAGCCAAACGUGCGAGAGCCAUUAUGAAGGAUGUGGAGCAAGCCUUUCAAGAUGGAUCUAAAAAGCGUUGCCUUCAAAAAGAGUUGGCAUGGGCUUAUGUUUCCGAAGCAGAAGCGCAACAAGCACAGUUGGCAGAGGCUGUUCAAGAGGAAGAGAUUAUCAUUCCACAGUGCGAGGUUGAAGUGAACAACGCUGAGAUAGCACUGGCAGAGGCGAAACAAGAGAUAACCACUUUGAACAGCAAAAUGUCAGUCGCCAACGAUGAUCAGCUGCAGCAGAAAUGUACAGAACUCAAGACUGACCUCAAGAAGCGACAUGGCGAACUCAAGAAGCUCAAUAACGACUUGCGGGAUUCUGAUACAGCCAUCAAGAAAUUUAGAAAAGACCUGGAGACCCAGCAAGUUCAGAUAGAUGCAGAGAACGCGAAAGCAUCCCGCACAACUGCCACAACACGCCAAGACGCCAUCAAUCGCCGUGACGAAUGCGAAAACGAGAUCAAGGUGAAAGAAAGUGAAAUAGACGCGGGCCAAAGAAGAAUAGCCGAGUUGAAUGAUGACCUUCAGCAGUCCAAGGCCGACAGUGAUAAGUUCAAGGGUGAAGUUGAAGGAUUGAAAAGCGACCUCGACAGACUUUCUAAUGAUCUGAACCGCGCUGUCAGCGCGCAAGCGGACAGAUUUUGCGCAUUUGGCCGAAAUGCCAAAAAUGUCAUGGAGCAGAUUGCUGCUAGUCGAUGGAAUGAGAAGCCAUUGGGACCCAUCGGCCUAUAUGUUCAAUGCGAAGAUAAAGCUUGGUCUCAGCUCCUGGAGACAGUUUUGAAUCGCACUUUGGGAUCAUUCGUGGUCACCAAUCGAGACGACGAGAAUCAACUACGACACAUUUUGAAAUCACAUCAAUGGCGGAACCCGAUCAUCCGAUCCAAGCCUGAUUUGUUCGAUUUUUCUGCCGGCGAGCCUGACGAGCAGUACCGCACUAUAUUACGCAUGCUACAAUUUAAAAACGAAUUUGUGAAGCGAGUUCUGAUCAAUGAAGACAAAAUCGAGCGAACUAUUCUAGUCAAUCACCGACGAGAAGGAGACCCUAUCAUGUCCAGGCAUCCCAGGGAUCGGAAGGGUAUCGAGCGUUGUUUUACUAUCGAUGGAUACCGAGUGGGUGGAAUCACGGGAGGUAAACAAGUUUCAGCUUUGUCGCUUUAUCAGGGCACACCCCGCCUAAGAAGUGGUGACGUUCGCGAACACAUAAAUCAAAAGCAUGAAGAAAUCCAAGAAAGGACUGCACAGAAACAACAAGCUGAGAUAGCGCUCCGACAAGCUUUGAAAGAUUGUAGCCAGACGUCUAACCUAAUCGCCGACUUAAAUCACCAGCGAGUAUCCACAAUGACCGAGAUUUCGAAGCUGAAAGCUCGGAAAGCGCAGUUGGACGACGAGCUUACUGAGACUUUUUCCUCUAAUCUUGCUGUGUUGGAAUCGAUGAAAAAUGAUCUGCAAAAGGCCAUCGAUACUUCAGUGGCACAAUUUGGCCAAUUGACUCGGAAGAAUAAGGAACUUCGAGAUGACAUGCGACCCAUCUUGGAGGAAAAAGAAAAGAUCGAUGCAUACUUUGCUUCCCAGAAGGAUGCAGAGGCUGCGAUUCAUGUUGGUAGCGUCUUAUACGCCCAAAUUUUGGCGGCCACAGAGACGGAGAUGACCUGCAAAGCGAAAGUCACACACUACAAAUCUUCAUUACUCAAACAUCAACAAAAGCUAGAACAGAUUAACGCACAGUAUCAAGAGGCCAUCCAAAACACCAGGACUAUCACAGAACAAGCAAUAGAGCUGUGUGGUUCACCGGAAGUUGUUCCAAGUAGCAAAACCGUCAAGAAAUUGAUUAGUGAAAUAGAGAAAAUCUCAAGUACUGUGAAAUCUACCGAGACAAGGUAUGGAGGAAAAAGUCUUGAAACCAUACAAGCUGAUUGUCAAGAAGCUACAAUAGCAUGGAAGAAAGCAGACACGGCACAUACUGAAUUAAGGGGUAUAAUCAUUCUUCUUAAACAUGCAUUAAAAUUACGUAAGAACAAAUGGCUUCAAUUUCGUUGUCAUAUUUCGGUUCGUGCAAGAAUGAAGUUUAUCAAUCAUUUAAAUAAUCGAGGGUAUACUGGUAAAUUGAAUUUUGAUCACCAUCAUCAAAAAUUAGAAGUUCAUGUGGAUACUCAGUCAGAACAGCUUAAUCAGGCUAAGUUAAGAGAUCCAGGUGGAUUAUCAGGUGGUGAAAGAUCCUUUUCAACGAUUUCAUUACUGUUGACACUUUGGGAUGCAGUCAAUUGUCCAAUUCGUUGUUUAGAUGAAUUUGAUGUCUUUAUGGAUCCACAACAUCGUAGAGUGGCAGUUGAUAUGAUGGUUCAAUCUGCUAAAGAAGCUCAUGAAGUCCAAUAUAUGUUUGUCACACCACAAGAACUACCAUAUACUAUGUUUGGACCUGAGACUAAGAUUGUAAGAAUGGCAGAUCCUAAGAAACAUAAAAGUUGAUUGAUAAAAAAAGAGUGAAAAAAAAAUGGAAACAAAUUGGUUUGGGGAUUAAACUGAAAGAUUGAUUUGACUGAAUCAAGCCACCUUAUGUGUUGCUUUUUGAUAUAUUCUUGAAGUAGAAAGUUAUUUUGUUUUAUUAUAUGUUUUUUUGCUUGAUUAUCUUAUGUUUAUUGAGAGUUUUUCUCGUGAUAUCAUUUCUGUUAAAUUAAGUUUUGUUAAACGUGAUCAUUUGUGACUUAUUGGUUGUGAAUUGUAGUUUUGAUUGAAAAGAUGUGGGUUUUGUUUUGAAGUUUUAUACCCAUCGUGAAACUUG